CAAAUUAUUCGCUGCUGGGAACUUGCGGAUCGGAACGUUUUCGUAGGCAAAAAUUCAGUGUCCGUCGAUAGUGCCCUUUUGUUAACCAGAUUUCUUGGGGGCGUAAAAUGGCAAAAAGACCGAAAUGCAAAAGUACCAACAAGGAACAAUUCAUGAUGUUGGUGGAAGAGCUGGAGGAGCAACCAGAUGUUGGGGUUUGCUAGAUUCUACACCGGUCCAUUCUGGGAGAACCUAGCAGAGCAACUCAAUAGUCUUGGACCUCCCAUAAAAGAUCCGGCUGGGUGGAAAAAAGUUUGGGCCGACUGGAAGUCGAAUCUAAAAAGAAAAUUGGCCAACAACCGAAAAGAACAGCAGGCAACUGGCGGUGGGCCUAACCGAAUUAUCGAGUUUUCGGCUCUCGAGGAGCGGGUGAUCGACCUGGCCGGAUUAACUGCAGCUGUGGAGGGGAUCGACAAUUCAAUUGCUUUCGGCGCUCCUGUCGAAGAAGAUGAGAAUGACGCUGGUGUUGCUAAUGGCACAUUUCCAGAAGCAGCAGACGAUGCGGAUGCAGUUGAAGAUGCCCCGGACACGGGUGUUCAAGAACAAUGUGCCAGAAGAAAACGACGUGCUCCAUCGAGUUUAAACCUGUUAGAUACCCAAGUGAAACAACAGAAAAAAAUUCACAAUGAGAUAAUCGAUGUGUUGCGAACGCAAACUAAAAAGUUUGGCGAUUUGGCAUACUACGGAAAGACGAUUUCGAAGCGAUUGAUGGACCUUCAGGCUUUGGAAACGGAAAAUUAA